ACAAGAAUGGACGGAGACCAAAACAAUUACGGACCAUAGGCACAAAGCGGACGUGAGAAACCUGUGAAAAUUUUUAUAAAUCGCGUGUGUGGGCGCAUUGAAAAAUGGUGCUGCGAUCGGGAAUUAUUAUUCCGUUUCAGUUUCGCGACACAAAGAAGUUGCUGAUGAUCGGGGUGCCCGAGGAGAAUCGCAACCUCAACAUAUGGGACCUGAAGAACGUGGUGCGUGCCGCCUUCGGGAUCUACAACUUUGAGUUUCGGAACAAAAAGAUCGGCUUCAACAUCCCGGACGAACUUUUGCUUCACUAUUUGGCCCAGAGGCACGACCUCACCAACUUCGUUAUAGAGAUCAGUCAAGUGUACGAUGUCGGCUUGGACAACUAUGUGUUAAACCGACAGUGCCGCUGUGUGGACCAGAAAAUGCUCAACGAUUCGCCGACUCCCGAGGAGCCCACCAAUCUGUGCCAGCCCAGCAAUGUCCUGGAAGCCGCGCCCACCCCGCUUAUGACUUUGCCGCCAUGCGAGGAAGACGACCACGAGCAGGAGCACGAGCACGAGGAGAGCAUGAAGUACCGGAUCGACAAGGCCAGCAGCGGGGCUGCCUCGGCGGAACUGGGUAUGCCCGCCUACGAGGCCUGCUCGCCCAAGAUGGACUACGACACGCAGGACGAGCUGCCGGACUCGCCGCACUCGCAGCCGCUGCCCCCACCGCCUUUGCCUUUGCCUUUGCCCGCGGGCUUGCCGCUGCCACCACCGCCCACGUCGCACCACCAACAUCUGCAGCAGCAGCAGCAACACGACGAGGAGCAGCAGCAACUGUUGCAGGAGCGCAUCCAGCACGAGUAUAUGAUCCAGCAGCAACAGCAGCAUCAACACCUGCAGCAGCAGCAACAGCAUUUGGCCCUCCUGCAGCAGCAACAGCAGGAACAGCAGCAACAACAGCAGCAGCAGCAGGGUGUAAACAUGGCCAUAGGCACGACAACGACCAACAACAUCCGCCAACGCAAGGAGCGCAUGUCCAAGCGACAGAAGGAGCUUUAUGUCCACUUCCUGCAGCAGCACCAGUUCAUCAACGACCAUCGCCGCAACGAUCCCGUGCUGGAUCCCUACUGGCUGAAGCUGGCCAACCUGCUGAACGCGGUGCCGCAGGGCGCCGUGAAGCACGUGACCGAGUGGAAGCAGACCUUCGACAACUGGCGCUACCGCAUCUUCCUUUACGCGCGCUACAACUCCAAGCUGCAGGACGAGGAGGCACAGAAUCCGCGAAACUUCAAGCCGCUGACACGGACCGACAAGCAGGCCUACAUCAUGUGGAUCCGGAACCCGGACACGGCGCCCCCCGAUCUCGACAAGAUGCGCAACGUCUUCUGCAACCUGGAGGAGACGGCGGUGCAGCAGGAGUAGAUUCCGGAGAUUGCCAUUGCCGUAGCUGUAACAUUUCAACACUUUCUUUGUCUUCUUUCAAUGGUUUUUAUCGUGUUAGCCGUGCGUAUGUCUGUCGCUGUUUUUUUCCUGUUUUGGGAAUGCAUUUUCCUUUUAGUUUUUGUCAUUGUUAUGCUUAUAUGAAUAUUAAACAUGUGUUUUUUGAAUGAAGCGCUAAUUUUAGUCCGAGA